AUGACAUUGGAUAUUCUCACCGUACCCCGUUGGGUGUCAUUCUCCAACGAUCUUGCCACGGUAGAGUUGCAUGGGUUCUGUGACGCAUCAAAUGCCGCUUAUGGUGCCUGUCUCUAUCUUCGAUGUGUCACUAGCGAUGGUACAAUAACUGCUCGGCUUAUCACCGCCAAGUCAAGGGUUGCACCACUGGAAGACCUGAAGCGGAAAAAGAAAGUCCUAUCAACACCCCGACUCGAACUUUCCGCAGCUCUUUUACUGAGCCAUCUAUACGAAAAGGUCCGCCAUAGCGUUCAGAUUACGUUCCAACCGUUCUUUUGGACAGACUCGACAAUCGUCAAGUAUUGGCUGGCUUCUCCACCAUCUCGCUGGCAAAUCUUCGUUGCAAAUCGUGUUUCGGAGAUCCUGCACAUUACUAGCAGCGGCGUAUGGAACCAUGUUGCUGGUGCAAAUAAUCCCGCAGAUAUUAUCUCGCGUGGAAUGACUCCCGCACAGUUAAAAUACGAAACGUUGUGGUUUGAAGGCCCACUCUGGUUGCGGCAAGAUCGUUCAAUGUGGCCAAACUGUACAGUCCCUCUACCAGACAUCGAACAAUCCCUUUUAGAAGAACGAUCAACUGUUGCGCUGCCAGCUCGAGCGAAAUCGCCAAGUGAAUUAUUCGCUCUUCGAUCUUCGUUCACUGAUCUUGUUAGAUUAGUUGCAUACAUCCGUCGAUUCGUUCACAACUGUUCACCAAACAACCUCGCCAGCAAACAUUCGGGGACAAUCAAGCUGCAGGAGCUGAACGAAGCGACUGAAGUAUUAGUUCGCCUAGCCCAGGGGGAUAGCUUUCCCGAAGAAGUAGCAGCUUUGUCUCGCAGUCGAGAAGUAAAAACUUCGUCCAAGAUUCAUGCGCUCAAUCCUAUUAUGGUUGGGAAAACGAUUCGAGUUGGCGGCCGGCUUGCUCAUGCACCUAUCCCGGAGAGUCGCAAACAUCCGAUGAUUUUACAUCAUCGUCAUCCGUUUACCAAAUUAGUCGUGGAACACUACCACCGUAAACUUUUCCACGCUGGUCAGCAGCUACUCGUAGCUUCCGUCAGAGAAAAAUUCUGGCCCACAAACGCACGCGAUGUGGCUCGUACCGUCUGCCACAAGUGUGUAACAUGCUUCCGGAACAAGCCAACUGUACACGAGCAACUGAUGGCCGAUCUUCCGUCCGUUCGAGUCAACCCUGCAGCCGUUUUUCUGAAGGUUGGUGUAGAUUUGUGUGGUCCAUUCUACAUCAAAUAUCCAGUUCGUCGCAGCACACCAGUGAAAUGUUUCGUGGCGAUAUUUGUAUGUCUGGCAACGAAAGCCGUUCACAUGGAGGUUGUAGCGGAUUUGUCGACGCAAGCUUUCCUUUCUGCUUUCAAGCGAUUCGUUGCGGUUCGUGGAAAACCGCAUGUGGUCAUGUGCGACAAUGCCACCAAUUUCGUAGGGGCCAACAGAGAAUUGGAAGAGUUGCGCCUCCAGUUCCUAGACCAGCAGUUUCAGCAUACCGUAGUCCGUAUACAGCCGAGGAUGAAGGAAUUCAAUUCGACUUCAUUCCGGCCCGUUCGCCAAAUUUUGGCGGAUUAUGGGAGGCUGCGGUAA